CAAAAAAUAUAUCAUCAUUACUAAUUGGCUUUUUAUUACUCUAGUAUAAUUAUAAUUAGUUUUUCUGAUCAACAGAUUAAAAAACAAGUUUAAACAUGUCGAUCUCAGCUUCUUUUUUGAGAUUUAGCCUCACUGCUCACUAUCAACCUCCUCCUUCUUCUUCUCCAGCAAAUCAACCUUUCAAAUUCCUUAAAAGCAACAGAUCUUCUGGAGAACAUGUUGAAUUCAAUCGAAUUUCGCAAUGUAAUGCUGUUUCUAGACGUCGUACAAAAGACUACAAAGAGGUGCAAAAUGGUUCGUUGCCGGUUAUCAAGUGGGACGACAUCGCAGAGGAAGUGGACGUGGAAACACACACACUUGAGGUGUACGAUCCAUCAUCCAACAAGGAACAUAUCGAUGCUGUUCGGUCGAUGCUAGGAUCGAUGGGAGACGGAGAAAUAAGCGUCUCGGCAUAUGACACAGCAUGGGUUGCCAUGGUGAAAGAUGUGAAGGGAACUGAAACUCCUCAGUUCCCUUCAAGUGUUGAAUGGAUUGCGAACAAUCAGUUGCCUGAUGGUUCAUGGGGUGACAGAUCCAUUUUUUUGGUUUAUGAUCGUGUCAUCAACACAUUGGCUUGUGUUAUUGCCUUGAAGUCAUGGAACUUGCAUCCUGACAAGACUCUACUUGGAAUGUCGUUUAUGAGAGAGAAUUUGAGCAGGAUUGGUGAUGAGAAUGCAGAGCACAUGCCUAUAGGCUUUGAAGUGGCAUUUCCUUCACUCAUUGAGAUUGCUAAAAAAUUAGGCUUAGAUUUUCCUUAUGAUUCUCCCGUCUUGCAAGACAUCUAUGCCAGAAGACAACUAAAGCUCACAAGGAUACCAAAGGACAUUAUGCACAAAGUCCCCACAACUUUACUCCACAGUUUGGAAGGAAUGACAGAUUUGGACUGGCAAAAGUUGCUUCAAUUUCAGUGCACUGAUGGCUCUUUUCUCUUCUCUCCAUCUUCCACUGCCUUUGCACUUAUGCAAACUCAAGAUCAUAAUUGCCUCAAUUAUCUCAAAAAUGCUGUCCACAAUUUCAACGGCGGAGUUCCUAAUGUGUAUCCUGUGGACUUGUUUGAACAUAUUUGGACCGUUGAUCGGUUGCAAAGGCUUGGAAUUUCUCGAUAUUUUGAGCCAGAAAUAAAAGAGUGCAUUGAUUACGUUAGCAGAUAUUGGACAAAUGAAGGAAUCUGCUGGGCUAGAAAUUCCCCAGUUCAAGACAUUGAUGACACGGCCAUGGCUUUUAGACUUUUGCGCUUGCAUGGCUACGUGGUCUCUGCUGACGUAUUCAAACAUUUUGAGAGCAAAGGUGAAUUUUUCUGCUUCGUGGGGCAAUCAAAUCAAGCAGUGACAGGAAUGUAUAAUCUUUAUAGGGCAUCUCAUGUAAUGUUCUCAGGAGAGAAAAUACUUGAAAAUGCCAGAAUAUUCACCUCUAAUUAUCUAAGAGAAAAACGAGCUCAAAAUCAACUGCUAGACAAGUGGAUCAUUACUAAAGAUUUACCUGGAGAGGUGGGAUAUGCAUUAGAUGUGCCAUGGUAUGCUAGCCUGCCCAGGCUAGAAACAAGGUUCUUUUUAGAACAUUAUGGUGGUGAAGAUGACGUGUGGAUUGGCAAAACAUUGUAUAGGAUGCCAUUUGUUAACAAUAGCCUAUACCUGGAGCUAGCGAAAUCGGACUAUAACAAUUGCCAAGCUUUGCACCAGUUCGAGUGGAGAAGAAUUCGCAAGUGGUACUACGAAUGCGGGUUAGGAGAGUUUGGAGUAAGCGAGAAAAGGUUGCUGGUGACGUACUAUUUAGGCAGUGCUAGUAUAUUUGAGGCUGAAAGGUCGACCGAGCGAAUGGCUUGGGUCAAAACCGCAGCUCUUAUGGACUGUGUGAGGUCUCAUUUUGGUUGCCAACAAGAGGACAAGGCUGCCUUUCUUCGCGAAUUCACACAGUCUAGCACCACUCUGAAUUCCAGGUACAGCACAGAACAGAGGCUCGUCGGGGUUAUUCUUGGAACCCUAAACCAUCUCUCACUGAGUGCCUUGCUGACACAUGGCAGAGACAUCCAUCACUACUUGCGUCAUGCUUGGGAAAAUUGGCUGCUGACAGUAGGAGAAGGAUGUGAUGAAGGAGCUGCUCAACUCAUAAUUCGCACGUUAAAUUUGUGCAGUGUUCACUGGGUAUCGGAGGAGAUAUUCUUGUCCCAUCCAACUUACCAAAGGCUACUGGAAAUCACCAAUACAGUUUCUCAACGACUCCGUCUCUUUCAACUCUACAAGGGACAAAAUGCAGACAGCCAAAGCAGUGAAAAGCAGGAGGUAGGAAUGUUGACUUUUAGUGAGGAAAUAGAAGGCGACAUGCAACAGCUAGCAGAGCUCGUGCUAUCUGAAUCUGAUGGUUCGAAAUUGGAUGCCAAUAUCAAAGAGACUUUUCUUACUGUUGCCAAAACCUUUUACUACUCAGCUUAUUGUGAUACUAGAACAAUUAACUUUCACAUAGCCAAAGUGCUAUUUGAAAGAGUAGUUUAAUUAUUUCAUCA